AUUGUACUCUUUGCCGCUCUUGGGAAAAUCCCCGCCAAAACUAGAGACACUUCCGUUCCUUGCUUUUUCUCUUGUUUCUCGCCGUUGUGCUUCAGUGUCCUGCAGCAUCCCGCUCCGUCAUCUCCCCGAGAUCGUUUCGCCCAGCUCGGGGCCUCGGGUUCAGAGGGCCGUUACUUGAGAGCUCCCAGCUCAUAGUUAAUUGCCAUGGAAUUCAGUUACUGUGUGGUGUUCUAAUGUCACAUUGAUGCAAAAUCCCUAAACAGUGCGAGAAUUUCCGUCCUGCUCUACUUGGAGAUGGGGAAAAGAAGUAGCGUAAUGAUUAUAUCAUCGGAUGACGAUGAAGAUAGUCCGAGGUCGUCGAGUAGGAGGACUCGUAGCCACAAGAAGAUUAAACCGAAGCAGCAGUUGCUCACUCUUACUAACCCUAGGGAACCGAAGACGACGAAGAAGAAACCUAACAUUUCGAAUAGUUCCCAACCACGAUUGAGCAGAGAAUCCAGCUUCGUAGAUGAGAUCAGAUUAUCAUUUGAAGAAUUCGAUCAAUGCUUGUCUCGGUCAAAGGUAUCAUCCGGUUGUGGGAGUACGAAUGCCAGUGAACUAUGGGUGGAUAAGUAUAAACCUCAGGCUUUGGAAGAACUUGCUGUGCACAAGAAGAAGGUAGAGGAAGUUAAGAGAUGGUUUGAGGAAAAAUUGAACGCUUCGAAGUCUUUGCAGGGGAGUUCCGAGAGUAAUGUUCUCAUCAUAACUGGACAAGCAGGGGUCGGGAAGUCUGCAACCAUCCGUGUUAUGGCAUCUCAAUUUGGAGUCACAUUGUAUGAAUGGAACACGCCUAUCCCUACAACAUGGCGUGAGCAUGUGCAUAAUUCUGAUACAGGAAUACGAUACACCUCAAAGUUGGAUGAAUUUGUUAACUUUGUUGAGAAAAUAAGGAAAUAUGGGUUACUUCCUUCGUCCAUUAGUAUAGCACCCAAGGAAUUGUUUGUACUCUUGAUCGAUGAUCUUCCUUUGGUAAACGGACGAACUGCUUUGGAGAAGCUUCAAAACUGCUUGCUUAUUCUUACAAGAUCAGCUCAACUACCAACUAUUGUCGUGGUCACUGAUGGUGGCAAAGAAGAUUCGGCAGACCAAGCUUCCCGAUGCUUGGAAGAACUUCAGAAUUCUGUUCAGAGUGCUGGGGCUAGUAAGGUUGCGUUUAACCCCAUCACUCAUAAUUCAAUGAAGAAGGUGCUUACCAGAAUAUGCAUCCAGGAGCAAUAUAAUGUAUCUGCAGAUCAGAUUAAUCUAAUAGCCAAAGCCAGUGGGGGUGAUAUCAGACAUGCAAUUACAUCUUUACAGCUCUUUUGUGUUAAGCCAGAUCCAAAGGAAAAUGUUUCAUUGCUCAGUUCCAGUUUGAGUUGCUCAAGUGUAAACGCUGAAGAAAUCGAUGAUUUGGUCAAAGGGGUUUCUUCACUUUUCGGCAAAGACGAGACUCUCUCGUUAUUCCAUGCCCUGGGAAAGUUUCUUUAUAACAAAAGAGAAACUGAAGUUAGUCUCACAUUGGCAGACCAAGAUGCAUUUCUGGUACAGGAAAAGUUCUACAGGUUCCCAUUGCAAAUGGAAGCUCCGGAAAAGGUUCUUUCUCAAUCACACGGGCAAGCAAGACUGAUUGCUGAUUUUCUUCAUGAAAAUAAUUUGGAUUUCAUAAGUGAUCAAGCGAUGGAGGAUGCCUGGGAAGUAGCCACUUAUUUAAGUGAUGCAGACUUGCUGCUGUCUUCCUUCAGAGCACUGCUGGCCAGACACAACGAGGCGGAGCAUAAUGUACUUCAGUCAGCUGCAGCAUCAGUUGCUUGUCGUGGAGUGUUAUUUGGCAAUGCUCACCCUUCACCUCGCAGGUGGCAUUCCAUUCGGAAGCCAAAGCUAUGGCAGGUGGAGCGUUCAAUGCUAGAUAAUAAAAAACAGAUUGGAACACAGAGGUUUGUGGCGUAUGGUGGACGCAGCUCCAUGGAUCUGACAGGCUUGGCUAUCGAGUACACAAGCAUGUUAAGGUUACAAGGAAAUAGAGCGUCUGGUCAUGGGUUAAACCAAAGCGCUGAGAUUACAGAUUUCGAGGAAGCAAGCGAGAUUUCUGAUGAUGGGAUUGAAGAUUUCAGUGACUAGGAAAGGAACAUCGGCGAGGGAUCAUUUCUUGCUGCUGUUAAUGAAAAGUAAAUUUGUAGUCACUGAGCAGAAGUUAAGUUGUUUCCUUCUUUUGUUUUUUAUUUUAUUCAGUGAUUUUUCAACUGAGUUUUAUACCCCGCUGAUUCAUAUACCAACCAUCUGGGGUUUAUCUUUGUUGUUUGCUUCUUUUCUUCUGGCGCAGGUGUUAAAUUGUUACAACCAGACUUGUGCGUUAAAUAUCCAAAUUAAG